CUUUCCAAGUUUUUCCUGCUGAGCGCCCUGCUCGGCAUCGCCUAUGCAGGCGUGAUCGGACCCGGACCCUAUUACGGCGGUCCAGCUGGACCCGGACCGCUGCACCCUUAUGGCGGAUAUGCGCCGCCCCACGGCCCCUAUCCCGCUCCCUAUGUGGCACCCAAGCCGGCCGCUCCUGAGCCCUACGAUCCCGAUCCAAAGUACUCCUUCGGAUAUGACAUUCAGGAUGGUUACACCGGCGAUCUGAAGUCGCAGCACGAGACGCGACACGGUGACGUGGUGAAGGGCAGCUACUCGGUGGUGGAUCCGGACGGCACCAAGCGCACCGUUGACUACACGGCGGAUCCCCAUCACGGCUUCAAUGCGGUGGUGCGCAAGGAGCCGCUGGCCUACAAGGCUCCGGCUCAUCUGGCACCAGCCCUGGCCCCUGCACCGGCACCAGCACCGGCCUACCAUCACUUGCCCGGUCCAGCUCCGGCUCCACCUUUGCCGCCGGUGCCCAAGGCUCCCCUGCUCUCGUAUCCGCUGGCCCUGAGUGCUCUCCACCGGUCAGGACCAGUUCCCGCCCCAGCUCCCGCUCCUGCUCCUGCACCAGCCCCCAUUCCAGUGCCAGUGGCUGCCCCCGUUCUGCCCUCCGCCCACUUCCAUGCCGCCUACCCCGCCCUGGCGCACAGCCCCUACGCCCACUAUCCGGCUCCCGGUCCGGCGCCCGCACCCGCACCCUUACCGGUGGACCCGCACGCCUACUAUCACCACUGAGCGAACAAUGUUCCCAACGAUCUGAUCUGACUUGAUUCGACUUCCUUCUGUCUAUCGCACGCAGCUUACACUGACCCACAACUGAAUCUCCGGCCCACUCUGUGCCAAACGCUGUACACUCAAUCUCUUUUGCUGUGUUCUUCGAGGGAUUUGAUGCCGAUCCGAUGUGUAGAUUGAUUUAAGGACACGCCUAGCCCAUGUACAUAUCUCAAGCGUAUGUUGUUGAAUGGUUAGCCUAGACUCUAGAGGAAUAAACUAAGA